AUUUACAUAGCUUUACCAUUGACGUGUUCACGAAGAAUCCAAUAGGCUGUGUACGCGCCACCCCAGUCCAGUGUUACAACCGCACCGACCCAUUGGGGCGUGGUGAGACUGUACAGUUUAAAUGUCGUUCGCCCGUAACUGGUCGGUUCGUCCGUAUAAAGAAGUGGAGAAUGAGGAACAAGUAUGACACACCGAUACUUUGUGAAGUUAAGGUUAUUGGCACAAGGGCGACAGGUUGUGAUUUCUCUCGACUUUUUCACCGUGUACCAGAGACGCGACUGAACUCGAAAAAUGACGUCAUUUUCGGCGUUGUUGACGUCAUGAAUUGCGCAAGCAGAUGUGUCUACCGCGAUUGUUUGGCGUUCAACUACAACCAGAACAGCCAACAGUGUCAGCUCAUUUUAGCUCCGACGUUUGACGAUUCAACAACGAUGACGUCAUCGUGGGAUUACUACGGAGUGGAUCUUUGUUGAUCUGAUUAAUAUCUUAACUUAAGAACUGGAAGAAACACCGGACCAGCCUGUAUUGGGCAGUUCCUGGAUUUUGUAAAGAGGGAUCCUAAAAUUAUAAAAGAGGAAAUUUGUAUCUGCAAAUUAGUCAAGCUCCAGAACGGGACGAGAAUUCUAGGACAUUCGAUGGCAAUUUAAUUAAAAAGAUGCCUAGAGACGUUUUUUUCAUGGCAAUUUACUUUUAGUUUGCUACAUUUCUGCUUGAAACAUUUUGUAUGAUAAAAACUUGUUAAUUGUA